AUGUACACAGCUUUCCCCUGCUCGUCACUCUUCAGCGUGGCUCGUCGUCACUGCAAUCCUUUCAACGUUGUAUCAAGCAGAUCCUUCGCUACCACAACCCGUGUUGAUUGCAGCACCCACUUGGCCUCUUCGUUUCCUGCUACCACUCGUCAAUCUCACUCAGCCUCGUCCUCGACGUGCACUUCAUCGUCUAAAAUGCAGCCAGUUGCUCAACUCGUCUCCAAGAACAAGGCGUGGAGCGCCGACUUCCUCGCCAAGAAGCCCGAGCUUGCUGCUCACCUUGCGCAACGGCAGACGCCCAAGAUGCUGUGGUUUGGUUGCGCCGAUUCGCGUGUACCCGAGACGACGAUAUGCGAUGCUGAACCCGGUGACUUUUUCGUUUCGCGCAACAUCGCCAACCAGUUCCGUCUCGACGACACGGCCGCAAAUGCACUUCUCACUUUUGCGGUGCAGUCCGUGGGCAUCGAGCACGUCUGCGUCGUCGGUCACUCUUCGUGCGGUGGUGUACUGGCUGCUAUCGGCGGCGCUACUACUCCUCCCAGCGAGAAGGAUAUCGAAUCGAGCGCUCUGCUCCAGCACCUCAUUCCCCUCUUCAAGCUCGCCAAAGAGGUGUGUGAAGCCAACCCGGGAUUGUCCAACGACGAACUGGCUUUCAAGGUCGUCAGCGCAUCCGUCAAGCAACAAAUUGACAAUAUCAUUUCAACCAGCAUCAUUCAGGACAACUGGAACGGCGUCACUUCGCCUCUUUCCGGUAAGGUGAUGAACAAGGUGCAGGUGCACGGCCUUUUCUACGAUAUCGGCAAGCAGGAGCUUAUCGACCUUGAUCUGUCUCGAUCGGCCCCGUAA